CUGAAGCAGCUCAAACAGAUGCUGCAAGCUGCCUCUUCUGAAGUGGUAAAGGAAAUUUUGACACUCGUCUUACCUUAUUGGAGCAUAAUACUAUAAUAAUAAUUAAUGCAAUAAUCUAAUAAACUGAUUGGUAGACUGAGCCAUCAAUCUAAGCAUCUGUCCGGACCUUUCCUGCUCCCAGCAGAAUUGCACUGUAACAGUUGGCGAAGUGGAUAAAGGGAUAUAUAUAUUAGUUUAAAAAUAAACUUAAAAUGAGCUUUUGGAGAUUCGGUCUGGAAACUGCACCUUGGUUGCUUCGUCAUAGAAGGAAAGUGCCUGUCCUUUGGCUAUUAGCUUGGCUUGGAGUCUGUGCUGCAUUUGGACCAAACAAAAUGGAAGAAGAAGAUUAUGAAGAUGUACCUAUAAAUAAGACAUGGGUUUUAUCACCAAAGGUCUACGAAAGUGAUGUCACCUUGAUCCUGAAUAAGUUGCUACAGGGAUAUGACAACAAACUUAGACCAGAUAUUGGAGUGAGGCCAACAGUAAUUGAGACUGCCGUGUAUGUAAACAGCAUAGGACCAGUAGACCCCAUCAAUAUGGAGUAUACCAUUGAUAUAUUCUUUGCUCAGACCUGGUAUGAUAGCAGACUGAAGUUCAAUAGCUCUAUGAAGCUACUCAUGCUUAAUAGCAAUAUGGUGGGCAAGAUCUGGAUUCCAGACACCUUUUUCAGAAACUCAAGGAAAUCUGAUGCCCAUUGGAUCACAACACCAAACCGCCUUCUGAGGCUGUGGAAUAAUGGAAGGGUCAUGUAUACAUUAAGGUUGACAAUUAAUGCGGAAUGCUACCUUAAACUACAUAACUUUCCAAUGGAUGAGCAUUCCUGUCCACUGGAGUUUUCAAGCUAUGGCUAUCCUAAAAAUGAAAUACUAUACAGAUGGCAAAGAAGGUCUGUGGAAGUUGCAGAUCAAAGAUAUUGGAGAUUAUAUCAGUUUGCAUUCGUUGGGCUACGGAAUACAUCUGAUGUGGCUCACACUCAAUCAGGAGAAUAUGUGAUCAUGACAAUAUUUUUUGAUCUGAGUCGUCGGAUGGGCUACUUUACCAUUCAAACAUACAUUCCUUGCAUACUGAUUGUUGUGCUUUCAUGGGUGUCAUUCUGGAUUAAUAAAGAUGCAGUGCCAGCCAGGACAUCAUUAGGUAUUACUACAGUGUUGACCAUGACUACUCUUAGCACAAUUUCGAGGAAGUCUUUGCCAAAAGUAUCAUAUGUGACAGCCAUGGAUCUCUUUGUAUCUGUGUGCUUCAUCUUUACCUUUGCUGCACUGAUGGAGUAUGGAACCUUGCAUUAUUUCACUAGCAACAGGAAAGCAAAGAAAACAAAAGCAAAUAAUGCACCAAAAUCUACUGUAGUAAACAUUCGACCAGGAACUUCCCUAAUUCAAAUGAACAACAUUGCCUCCUACCAAGAAGAGGAUGAUUAUGCAUACGAGUGUCUCGAUGGGAAAGACUGUGCAAGUUUCUUCUGUUGUUUUGAAGACUGUCGUACAGGAGCUUGGAGAGAGGGACGAAUGCAUGUUCGGGUUUCAAAAAUUGACUCCUAUUCCCGAAUAUUCUUUCCUACAGCAUUUGGUUUGUUUAAUCUUGUUUAUUGGGUUGGGUAUUUGUACUUAUAAAUUUAGGAGGUAUGAUACAAAAGAUUACAAUAUCAUGAGAAAAUCAAAACCAUAAAGAUACACCUUCACAUAUUCAUAAAAUUGUAGGCAUUUUAUCUAGCAUAUCACACAGAUUAUUAUAUCUAGUAUUACAGAGAACAAAAACUACAAUUCAUUCAUUUGUAAAACCAUUUCUUCCCAUAUUAAUUAUUCUAUCUGUUUUUUUUUUUACAUUUCCUAAAAUAAAUAUGGCCACCCAAAAUUAAGUAUGGAGAUUCAGCCAAAUCUCUGGAAUUUGUUGGGAAUUUGUCUCUGGAGUUUUUUAACCGUACUAAAUUACUCCUCGUAUUCCCAUUAAAUGCAGCUUAGGCAACAUUGCUGCCAAAGGAACAUUUUUACUACAGAAACUUUGGAAAAGAGCAAAGGUCCGCUGUGCAAUUCUAAAGCAAGAAUGCACAAAGCCAUUUUAAUAGAUAUUGAUGUGCUUUGCUAGUAAUGCAAAAAUAGAUCAGUAACCUGCUGACAUAUAUAGAACUUUUAGGUGUAAAUGUGAAAAGAAUUUGCCUUAAAUGAAGCUACAUGAUGAAUGAAGCUAAUUCACAGUGAGCCUAGUUACAACCCUUAGCAUAUCUAAAGUCUGAGUUAUUUAAUAUUUUAUGAUUUUGACUUCUUGGCACCUUUCAUAUAAUAAUAAGAAUAAUGCAAUGUAUAGUGAGAAACAUGCAAGAUCAGUACUAGGAAUAUCAUGAAGGCAAGAUCAUUUUACAGUGUAUUAAAAAUAACUCAUUCAAUUUUCUAACAGCAUUGUGCUUCUCUGUGUAUCUGGUUGAUCAGCUCUUAGUAGAAUUAAAAUAUAUCAUUAGGCAUUAUAGAAUCUAUUCUGAAUUUUCAUUUUAUACAUAUCUCGAUUGACAUAAUAUGUCAUGAUAAAGAAGAGUACAAGAGCUACCUAUUACUUAGUAUUACUUAUGUGUUAUUUGCAUGACAACCAUAAACUCUGCUAUGUAUUUUGAUUAUAUUUUAAAACUGGAGCAAUAUAAAGUAUGGAUCUCUAGGCACUGCGUUCACAUUGAACAGAAAGAACGUUCAUUUGAUACUUUGUAAGUAUGAAACACAUAAUCCAAAUCCUUUUGUAAGCAAGAUAUAGAUAGUAAAAUACUAUAUACAUAAAGUAAAAAAAUUAAGAAUUACAAGCAAAAGAUGUAUAUUAAACUCUAUAUAUCAAAACCCAGGUAGCUGAUUGAGGCAUAUUGUAAAAAUAAUGGAAAAGCAGCUAUGCAUGUGACGAUGCAUGUCAUUCACUUAUGAGAUAGGAGGAGGGAUUUUAUUGUCAUGAAUUCACUGAUAUGUUCUAAGAGUCUAAUUAAAUUGUCAGCUGGUUCAUUAAAAAGCUAUUAAGAUACAUAUGGUUAGUAAUGUUGAAACUAGAUUGAUUCCUGCAUUUUGUUUAGAGAGAGAAAACUAUGUUAGGGAACUUUUGACAAGGACAGUAUAAUCCUUUUAUGCAUAAUCCAUUAAAAUACAUUGGGAAUAAACAUAUAAGGUAUAAAGGAAGGCAAAGACUUUGAAAAUAAGUCUUUAUAUCUCACAGUUUAUCUUAAGGUCAAGACCUGAUGAUUUAGCACAAAUUAAAUUUUAAGGUGUUUAAAUCACAUAGAAGCUCACAUUUACUAUUAUGAAACCUUUGUUCAGUCUCUGCAAGGUAUGUGUUAUAGUGGCCGGUUCUGACUCCCAUGAAAUGCAUAGUUAAAGACCCUAUGCGAGACGGUAUAAUCCGGAAGUGACUGGAGUAGGACAUCAGGGAAGACUCAGCAGGAUCAGGUCAGGUAGAAACACAGGGGGCAGUGACGGCAGUGAUCUGGUGCAUGGUGGGAGCUUGGUGAACGAGUCCAAAAGGAACUCCAAUAGGGGAAAUCAGGGCGCAGUCCAAGGUCAAGGUGCCGGGAGAUCCAUCCAUGACGAACACAGGGAACAGGGAACUAGGAAUAUGGAUAGUUAAAACCUUGACGGGACAAGGCACUCCGAGCCCCAGACUCAGUAGGUCACCGUGAUGAAUCCUAUGCCCUCGGGCCACUCCUGUGUAAUUUGUUAGAAGUUCAGGAAGGGAUGGGAGAAGCACAUUCUAGAGGAUUAUAAAUAUUCUUACAUUUUUAAAAUAUAAUUAUUUAUCUUAAAUUGUUUUAUUCAUUUAAAACACAUUUAAAUCAUUUAGAGAAUGAGUAAAAAUUAAAACAUUUAGGAAAGUGGAAAAUCAAUGUGCAAUGGUUAGUGCACAAAAAUCCAAUAAAUAUAUACGCCUAAUAAAAAGUUAGAAUCUGUUAAAAUAGAAAUCUAUUGUUUUCUGAGGACCUAUACAGCUACAGCAAUAACACAGUUGGUCUUAUCAUCAGCUGUAGACUACGAUUGAUGGCUACAACAUUAUUAGGUGAAUAUUACAUAUUAGGUGAAUAACAUUACUUGCAGGACAUUUGAAGUUUCACAUUGAUACCAGGGUUAACAUAAUUAAAAGAACAAUAACAGUAAAGCUAUAAUUAAAAUGAGGUACUUCAGAUUGAAUGAAUUUAUAUAACUAAAACUGGUCUGGUUCUGGAGAGUUGCAGUCCUACAGUUUUUUAUGUACCUUUACAAAGUGUUAUUUUAACAGUUAAGUCAUUAUGAUCCUAAAGGAAUGAUAUUGUGUGAACUUGUCCUUAAUUUAUUAUACAAACUCAUGAAUUUAUUUAUCAUGUAUUUUAACACUUUCAUCAUGUUAUUACCUUUUCUAAUAGUAAUAGUAGUAGUAAUGUUCUCUGCUGUACUACAAAGCAGAAAACAUGUUUCUUAAGAGAAUGCAACUAAACUAAUCAAUGGUUUAUUCUUAGCCUUGUUAUAGUAAAGUACAGGGCAUGUUAAAACCAUAAUAAAACAUGUACAGUACAUGAUUUCAACACCUUCAAUACUUGACAGUGUAGAAUUUUCCCACAACUCAGUCUUUUUGCAUAGCAGAUAUUGCCAUUUUCUAGGGAGUGGUACUGUGUGUGCAUGUCACGUUAAUUUAUUUAAUAAUAUCUAAUUAAUUAUUAUAUAUUAUAUGAUGCCUUAAUAAUUAUUAUUUACUAGUUUUAUGAUUGGUUGAUGUGUUAUACCCCUCCCCUACAUAGAAUACUCUAAAUCUCUAAAAAUUAUUAAGUACAUUUGUAGAUAUUAAAGUUAAAAAAUACAAUUUAGUUUUUCUUUUUUUAUAUUUGUUUCACAUCUUAACUAUAAUUUUAAAUCACAUCUUAAUUAUAUGUAGUGAAUACACACAAUAUUUUUACUCACUCUGCUUUUCACUUUUCAAGCACAAGUGUUUAUUUUAUGAAAAAAAAAUGUUUACCUACACUGAUUGCAACUAACCAACUAAACAAACUCUGGCAUUCUGAUAGAGAUUACAUUUGGGUAAUGGUGUGGGGGUGUACUUUAAAAAAAUGUUUAUAUUUUGCAUGCCACCACAUAUUGGCAAUUAACUGAUGUCCCUUUGGACUUUUUUUAAUGUGUCUCUUUUUGAUUUCAGAACGUAGUCUUAGUCUUUUGUUAUUGACAGUUACAGUAAUCCAUAACCAAACAAAAGGACUGUUUUUAAAUACUUUUACAUCACAUUUUUCAUCAAGUUAAGAUACUGUAAAUCACCUUAAACCAAAGAGAAGGUAUACAACUCUGAAAAAUAUCAUACCAUUAUCUGGCAUUUGCAUAAACACAAGGUUUAUUUGAGAAAUGUAAUACAUUUACUGCCUUAAACAACUGUACCACUCUUUCAUUCAAUUUUGCUUUAUCACUCUUUUCAUAUACUGUUAUUGAUUUGAAAUAUUUAUUUGGUUCUUUAUUCUUGAAUCAGUAUAAGAAAAUGUGCCAAAAAGCCAAAAUAUGUUUUCAUUAUCACUGGAACAUUAAAACGCUUGUCCAUAUUUUAGAUCAGAUUAAAUUAUUAAGCAUAUUUAAAGUAAUUGGUUUUACUUGGAAACCUCAGGCUUUGAUUAUUCUAUUGAAUCUCUGAUAGGAAGUCCAGACUUUGUUAAAAGUGUAAGUAGUGAAUUUAUAUUUCUAUUUAUAGGUAUUUAUACACAGUGUAUAGGGGAGGACUAACUUCUUCAAUCAUUUAUGUACAAAAAACUUUAACAGUACAACAAUUAAAAUGUUUAAUUAAAGAAUUGAAUUUCAUUUAGAAUUACUCCUAAUUAGGAGUAGCCUAAUUAGAAUGUUUGUAAAUUAAUCUCAAUUCAUUUGUUUGAAAUUCCAACGUAUUUAAUUUUUUCCCCCAAAAAACAUAAUUCUGCCUAUUUUUCUCUUUUAUGUAAAAACCUAGCUUGCCAUACAGCUAUAUAAAUCUCUGUUUUAAAUACAUUGUAUUACUGCUGCUAAAAAGGAUUGAGAGAAGGGAGUGUUUGAUCAAAGUUCGAUGCACCUUCUUCCAUUAUAUUGGCCAUGGCUGUGCAAUAGAUAACAUCUGAUUAAGUACAGUUUUGCAACUGUGGUCAUCAAUGUAGCCAUACCAGCUGCCUUUUAUGCCUUUUAUCCAAAGUAAUGUGAACAUAAAACCUAUGAUUGCCUUGAAAUGUACCAUUUAUAAGACUAGCCGAAGGCUGCUUCAGUAUAUAUAGUUUGAAAUUAUGUACCACUAAUUUGAAAAGAAAAACACUUUGUUAGUGGUUUCAGAGAAUCUACUAAUGAAAUAUUUAAAAUGCUUUGAUGUAAAUACAAUUUUAGGUGCACAUUUAUGCAUAAAGCCAGUUUCAGACAGAGCUAUGAUUAAGUUAUAUAAAUGUAUUAAUUCUGUAUCCACAUUCACUUUUAAUAAAUUCUUACUAAAGCAUACUGUGAAUUUUAAAAUUACAAUUAAACUCAAUCCACAGGCUUGAUGAUUUAUUUAAUUCUACUUUCACAUAUUUAGCAAACCUGUCAGAAUGUGAAAUUUGGCAAACAGAAGAGUUGCUUAUUUUAUCAUGUCUAAACACCAAAUACUAAAGACAUCUUUAAUUCCUGUAUGUACCAGCUGUGUUUUUUUGUGGGUAAACUAUACCAUAUUAGUUAAAUUCAGAAUAAAAUACCAGUAUGUCACAUUUUCUGUGCAAUUUACAAACAUUUUGAAUACUAAUGUUUAUGAGAAAUAGUAUGUAAAGUCUGAAUUGUGUGCAUUCAUUUGAUUCAUUUGUAAAUGAAUGUAAAUGACCAUUUGUGCUGGAAACCAUGCUUUUUGGUGAUUUGUUGUUUGACACAAUGAUGUCUAUUACCUGAAUAAUUAAAAAACAUUUGUUCUAAUGCAUGUCUUUUAAUGUUAAUUACAGUAUAUUAGAUGAAAAUGAUUUACUUUUUAAAAUGAAUUUGCAAUAACUGAUAUUCAAUGAAUAUAUAAUCUUUGACCUGAAAGGAAGGACUUUGAUGAUUGACAUACUGUAGUUACCUUUAUAUUAAGAAGGUAACCUAUUUGGCAGUCCUGAAUAUUCAUGUCAUAGUACUGUCUGUGAAUAUUUCUGUGUUUAACUGUCUUUCUCCUCAAAAAUGUUUACAGUAUAUCUGUGUGGUUAUGUGCUAUGUAACUGAAUACACUGUGAACAAAUAAAACAGUGCCUGCAAUGUGAAUGAACAGAUUAUUUUGUCAAGUCUUAA